AUGAAAGAGGAGAGUUCAAGUGAGGUGAAUUUAGCUAAUUUUGAAGACUUCUCUCGAUGGAGAACUUACAAUAUAGAUCAGCAGCUUUACUAUGGUGCUGUCGGUAACUCUAGCAGAUCAAAUGAAUUCGACUUUUGUCUUUCCACAGCUUUCGAAUCGCCCUUAGUCGUCCCUUUUAGAGCCAAAGACGUGAACAAACAGGCAUUGGAGCAAGGAAUUAUUGUUAAGCCGGGCAAUGAUGCCUUUACCAGUGUCUUGGAACUCUUGAAAAAUCCUACGCAUCGCCUACAAAUCUCUUUGAUGGACACCAAACUAACUGUUAAGAGCACAUUUUUUGGCAACGUAGAAUUUCGACUGAUUUUGGAGACUCAGACCGUUGAUGGUCCAGGAUCUCUGCGAAUUACUCAGUCUAUUGCUAAAUCUUUGUCCUGUGCGUUGAGUCUUCAAUGUGGUGUCGUCUCUGAACUACAAAAAACUAUAUCAGAAAAAGACCGUGCGCUUGCAUUUAUGGUUGCUAGCAUUCGAGAUUUAGGUUUUGAAAAUGUCAUUCGAAGGUGGGCUCCUGCUGAUUCCUUGAAUGACAAGCUUUUACAGCAUUUCGAUUUCGACGACUGGUUGGCAAGAUGGAGUUCCAGUUCGAGUGAAAACUGCAAGACCAACUCACCAGCUGAUAAAACUGACCUGAUGAAAGACUUGAUGCUCAAGAAAGUCAACUUGAUUCGUGAAUUGCGCAAUCAAUCACGGGAUGACGGUUUGAGGCCUGCUUCUAUGAGCGAUGACUUUGGCUCAUUCAAUUCAGACACCCAAAACUGCGAAUUUUCUGACGCCCGUUCUGGGUGUCUUAAGAAAGAGGAGCUUGAAAGUGUCAAAACCGAAGAGCUUGGUGAAAUCAAAUUCAUUGAAGAUUCUGAGAACGGUCCUGAAGUCAGGAAAUUCAUAUCGGCGAAAGAGCAAAGCCCACAGAGUCAACAAACACCGCUGAGAGACUCAUCGUCUGCUACAGAUCUGUCGAGACAGAGUUCUUCGGAAACUACUGUUGACCGUUCUCCCAGUAAGAAAAAGCGUAAAUUUGGUAAAGUACGAGUGCAAUAA